AUGGCUGGUCGCACCCACGCCUUGGCCAGGAGCCGCCGCGUCGAGGGCCCGUCGCCAGAUCCCUGCCCUGUCGUGUCGAGGGCCAGUCGCCAGUGCCAGUUGGUGACCGCGAUUCUAGCACGCUCCGGUGGCGCGGCAAGCGGAGGGUGGAUUGGAGAUGGGGAGGGCGCGGAGCAGGCGGAGGGGACGAGCAUCGGGCCACGAACCUUCGUGAUCUAUGGGAUCAUCAUGGAAGCAAUAGAAGAUGAAGCACCAGAUGAGAUGGUUGAUAAAGCUGGGCAAACUUUGAUCGUUCCUGAAGUUGGGAUGGCUUUCAAAUCAGAGGACCAAGCUUAUGAGAUGUACAAUACCUAUGCCGGUAAGGUUGGGUUCAGUGUUAGAAAGAGCCAUACAAAGCGCCGAGUAGAUGGUUCUAUUUCUCAGAAAUAUAUAGUUUGCAGUAACCAAGGAUAUCGAGAAAGUGAGUCAUCACAGGACACUAAAAGAGCAGGUUGCAAUGCCCGUAUUCAUCGAGAAACUGAGUCAUCACAGGACGCUAAAAGAACAGGUUGCAAUGCCCGUAUUCAGUUUAGUGUCAACAGAGAGGGGAUAUGGAGAGUACAAAAGGUUGUACUUGAUCACAAUCAUGAUUUUGCAAGUCCAAAUAAGUCGCACAAACUAAGGUCCCAACGACGUGUUAUAGAAGCGGACAAGAGACUAAUUAGUCAGAUACGGGAAGCCGGGAUGAAGCCAGCCCAGGUGUAUGAGUUCAUGAAGGAGUUUUACGGAGGAGCUGACAAAAUGCCAUUCCCAAGGAUGGGUUGCAAUAAUGAGAUUGGUUGGCAGCGCAAGAAGUACUUAGAACCCAAUGACGCGCAAACACUGUUAGAGUACUUGAAGAAUAAGCAGAUAGAGGACCCUACCUUUUUUUAUGCCAUUCAAGUAGAUGAGGUAGAUGGUCAAAUAGCUAAUUUCUUUUGGGCUGAUAGUCAGUCUAUUAUGGAUUACGCGUGCUUUGGUGAUGUUGUGUCAUUUGACACCACGUUUCAGACUGAUAAGCUUGAAAUGCCCUUUGCUCCGCUAAUUGGAACCAACCAUCACAUGCAGAUAAUAAUUUUUGGGGCUGCACUAAUAUUCAAUGAGAGUGUUGAGUCAUUUGUUUGGCUCUUUGAAACCUUUCUAACAGCAAUGUCAGGCAAGCAUCCAAGCACAAUUUUCACUGAUCAGGAUGCGACCAUGGCAGGAGCAAUAGCUUAUGUAUUCCGAAAUACAAGCCAUCGGCUUUGUUUGUGGCAAAUCUGUCUUAAUGCUGCUAAACAUCUCGGGCAUGUAAUUCAGAAGCAUUCUGAGAAGUUUGUACAUGAUUUUAAGAAAUGUGUCUAUGAAGAUAGAUCAGAGACUUUGUUCAUCAAGAUGUGGCAUGAUUUGGUGACUGAAUAUAAUCUCGAGGACAACCAAUGGAUGGCAGACCUAUAUAAUUUGAGGAAAAAGUGGGCUGCUGUGUACAACGACUCUUUUACAGCCGAUAUGACCUUGACUCAUAGGAGCGAAGGUAUGAAAAAUGUUUUCAAGAAAAAAUUUCGUAGGAAACUCUCUUUUUCGGAAUUCCUUGUGGAAUAUGAGAAGGUUUCUGCUAGUCUUCGUGAAAAUGAGUUAGAUGCGGAUUUUAAUUCAUGUCGAAAGAACCCAGUUAUUUACAUCCCGAAUCUACCUCUGUUGAAGACUGCAGCAGAAUCAUAUACGAGGAGGGUGUAUUCAGAGUUUGAGGAAGAAUUUAAACAACAAUUUUCAUUCUCUUGUAAACUGUUACAAGCUGAUGGGUCCAACUUGACAUAUAUGGUUAUGCAUAUGCAAUCUGUUCAUGGAGCAACGGUUGUAUUCAACAAGGAAAAUAUGACCAUUACAUGUUCCUGCAGGAAGUAUGAAUCCAUAGGUAUAUUGUGCAUGCAUGCUCUGAAAGUCUUCAAUGCGAAUGAUGUUUUCAUUUUGCCAUCGCAAUACAUUCUGAACAGAUGGACAAAAUAUGCAAAAAGAGGAUUUUAUAUUGAGAAAGAAGGAACUGAGACGGAAGAUUUGAAAAUGCGUGCUGCACGUAUCUCAAGAAAGGUGGCAUCCAUCUCAUUGAAGUGUUCACUGUCAAAAGAUCUUCUUGAUUAUUUGGAGAAAGCCAUAAAUAAGCUGGACUUGGAAGCAGAUAAUUCUCUAAGCAAGAUUGAAGAAAAAUCCAAUGAGGGUCCGUCUGUUUAG